AUGGCGACCGCUGCCGGUGCGGAGGAGGCGGCGGACCUGUCGGCGCUGCUGGACGCGGGCGACGGCGCCGUCGCGACGCUGGUGGCGGGCGGCACGCGGCUGGCGGCGCACCGCGCCGUGCUCGCCGCCAGGAGCCCCGUGUUCGCCGCGCUGCUGCGCCGCGCCGGCGCCGGCCGCGUGGAGCUGGAGGUGCGCGACGUGGCGGGCCCGGAGCUGCGGCUGCUGCUGGCCGGCCUGUACACGCUGCGCGCGCCGCGCCAGCCCGGCGCCGCCCUCCGCCUGCUCGAGGCCGCCGACAGGUACGGCGUGCCGCAGCUGGCGGCGGACUGCGAGCGGCUGGCGGCGGCGCAGCUGCGCGUCGAGACGGCGGCGGCGGCGGCCGUGCUGGCCGUCACGCGCCGCUACGAAGGGCUGGCGCGCGCCGCCCUCGCCUUCCUCAGGCGGCACGUCUCGCGCGUCGUGGGCACGCCCGGCUGGGCGCACGCGAUGCGCACGCAGCCCGACGCCCUCAUAGAGGUCAUCCGGCGGCUGGCCGACCCGCCGGCAGAAACCAGACCACCAUUUACUGCCAAAUUUAAGGAGUGUCCAAAGAUGUCACCUGUGUCCGCCCUGCAGUUGUCACAGCCUUUAAGAGGUUGCUAG